AACUGACUUUUAUUAUCAUAAUGGCCAGUAUUCCUGCUUCGUUCUUUGGUCUCACCAUCGAUGCCGACAAGAAAUACAGUCAAACAGUUGAAGAUGAUUUUCGUCUUACCAUGGCUUCUCUUAGCACUAAGCUGCCCAAUAAGCCCCAGAGGACAUCUGUGAUUAUCAAGCUUGGUGAUCGUGAAUUUACUUUGUGUUCAUUGACUCCAGGCACACUAGAGAACCAAAGUCUAGAUCUGACUCUUGUUGCUGGAGAAGAAAUAUCUUUUCAUUCGGUUGGAAACUGCAGCGUCGAUCUUACUGGAAAUCACAUUGUUUUUGCUGACGAUUUUGGCUCAGACGAUGAGGAUGACAUGGAAAUGAUGGAUCAUCAUCACGAUUCAAACUGUAAUCACGAUCAAGGCAGUGAUGAAGAGUCUGACGAGAUGAACGAGGAUUCGAAUGAAGACGAUGACUCUGAAGAAGAGGAAGAGCUUGACGAUGCCACUAUUGAAGCCAUUUUGGCUGCACAAAGCAAAAACAAGCGCAAGCCUGAACCUAUUCCUUCCGACAAGAGCGGAAAAAAGGCCAAGGUGGUGGAGCUUACUUCUGAAAAAGAAGCCGAGACAAAAAAGGGCAAGAAGGAAACCAAGGAAGUUCCUGCCAAGAAAGAAGCUCCUGCCAAAAAGGAGACUCCAGUUAAAAAAGAGGCUUCUGCCAAAGAAUCUCCUGCUAAAGAAAGCACUCCUGCUAAACGCACUCUUUCUUCUGGCAUUAUUGUCGAGGAUUCUGUUGUUGGAACUGGGCCCGUUGCUAAAAGCGGCUCCAAGGUUGCUGUUCGCUACAUUGGUCGUCUUACCAAUGGAAAGGUGUUUGACUCCAACACCAAGGGAAGUGCAUUCACGUUUAAACUAGGCAAAGGUGAAGUGAUCAAAGGAUGGGAUCUUGGUGUUGCUGGCAUGCACGUUGGUGGCUCACGAAAACUGACUAUUCCUCCCCACCUUGCUUAUGGCGGCCGGGGUGCUCCUCCUGACAUUGCCCCCAAUGCUACACUUGUUUUUGAGAUUAAGCUUCUCGAUGUCAAGAAAUAAGCCACUUGCCCUAGUACUUGGUUGAUCCUCAUGUGCUAUGUAGCUUAUUAAUAAAUUGAAAUGUACUAGCAUACC